AGAUGGUUGGUGACAAACUUAUCCUAGCAAUAUCCCUGCAAAAGAGCUAUAUAGCUCUCCAUAUAUAGCCAUACUUUUCCACCCAUUUAGGAUUAAUACAGGUAGGUAGGGUUGAAACCCUUACUUAUAGGGACAAAAAGACCACAUUUUUCCAUACAAAGCCAUGGCUCCAACGUUGAAGAAACUGCUAGCCUUCUUUCUCUUCUCCAUCUUCUCCUUCUCACCUAUCUCAAGCCACCGCCACCGCCACCACCACUAUCACCCACUAGACCCUCUAACCCCAUCCGAGCUCAACAUAAUACAAUCCAUUAUUCUAAGGUCGUAUGCUGGCUCAAACCACAACCUCACGUUCCACUACGUAGGGUUAGAUGAGCCGGACAAACCAGACAUCCUCUCAUGGUUGUCAAACCACAACUCCACCUCCAAGCCUCUACCCCGACGAGCCUUCGUGAUCACUCGACUUAACAAACAAACCCAUGAAAUCAUUCUCGACUUAUCAACAAAAUCCAUAAUAUCCGAUCAAGUAUACUGUGGUCAUGGUUAUCCUGUACUAACCCUAGAAGAACAAACAGCUGCAAAUGAACUACCACUAACUCACCCUCCAUUCAUGGAGUCAAUUAAAGUCAGAGGACUCAACAUAUCUGAGGUGGUAUGUUCUAGCUACACUGUUGGGUGGUUUGGAGAGAGAAAUAGCUCUAGGGUUUUGAAAAUUCAAUGCUACUAUACAGAUGGGACUGUGAACUUGUACGUGAGGCCAUUGGAGGGAAUAACAGUGGUGGUUGACCUAGAUAAAAUGAAGAUUAAAGAAUAUUAUGACAAUCUUAAAGUUCCAGUACCAAAAGCAGAAGAUACUGAGUAUCGAUUGUCUGCACAGAAGCCACCGUUCGGUCCACAUCUAAAUGGUGCAACGAUUAUGCAACCAGACGGCCCAGGGUUUGUUAUAGAAGGGCAUAGUAUAAGGUGGGCGAAUUGGGCCUUUCAUCUGGGCUUCGAUGUUAGGGCUGGCCCAAUUAUAUCUCUGGCCUCCAUAUACGAUCUUGAGAAGCACAAAUUUCGUAGGGUGCUAUAUAGAGCAUACAUAUCGGAGCUGUUCGUUCCAUACAUGGAUCCAACUGAGGAUUGGUACUUCAAAACAUUUAUUGAUGCGGGCGAAUUCGGGUUCGGACAAUCAGCAGUGUCUCUCAAGCCCAUGGAGGAUUGCCCGGCCCAUGCGGUUUUCAUGGAUGGCUACUAUGCAGGACAAGAUGGUAAACCUGUCAAGAUAUCAAAUGUUUUCUGUAUUUUCGAACAACAUGCCGGAAAUGUAUUGUGGCGUCACACCGAAACCGGCAUUCCCGGAGAAGUGAUAACGGAAGUUAGAGGAGAAGUUAGCUUGAUGGUGAGAUCAGUCUCAACAGUGGGCAACUAUGAUUAUAUGCUGAAUUGGGAAUUCAAGCCUAGUGGAUCAAUUAAAGUUGGGGUUGGGCUUACUGGUGUGCUAGAUGUGAAGGGGGUGUCAUAUACCCACACAGAACAAAUAAAGGAGGAUGUCCAUGGCACAUUAGUAGCUGAAAACACCAUUGGUAUAUACCAUGAUCACUUCGUGACAUACCAUCUUGACCUUGAUGUGGAUGGUGUUGCCAAUUCCUUUGUCAAAACCAGCCUAGAGACCAGAAGAGUGACCGACAAUGUCUCUCCGAGGCGGAGUUAUUGGACUGCCACCAGUGAGACUGCCAAAACCGAGUCCGAAGCUCGACUCCGGCUAGGGUUGAAACCAGCUGACCUAUUGGUGUCGAACCAGAAUAAAAAGACCAAGCUUGGGAACCCUAUUGGGUAUAGGUUGAUUCCAGGAUCAAUUGCAAGUCCUCUUCUAUCAGAUGAUGAUUUCCCACAAGUCAGAGCGGCCUUCACCAAGUACAAUGUUUGGGUCACUCCAUACAACAAGUCUGAGAAAUGGGCAGGAGGAUUGUAUACUGAUCAGGGCCGAGGAGAUGAUACCUUGGCCAUGUGGAGCCUCAGGAAUAGGGAGAUUGAAAACAAGGAUAUAGUGCUGUGGUACACCAUGGGGUUUCACCAUGUCCCCUACCAAGAAGACUUUCCGAUUAUGCCGACACUGACUGGUGGUUUCGAGCUCCGGCCGGCCAAUUUCUUCGAGAGAAAUCCAGUGCUUAAGACAAAAUCUCCCCAGUAUGUGCAGAACUGGCCUAACUGCACCACCAAAUCCUAGAUAACUCUGUAAGCCAUAAAGAAAAGAGCCGGUGCAUGCACUGAUUCAAAUUCACUUGUGUUGCUCUCAGUUAUUAUUAUUUGGGAACGAAUAUCGAAUAUUAAAAUAAAGAUGAGAUUCUGACUUAAUAUAAGUCAAGUUACUUGUCCAAAAGUUAAGUUUUCGCUAUGAAAAAGUGUGGAACGAUCUUAAAAUGUUAGAAUCAAGUCUAAAAUUUUAAUCCUAAUAUUCUAGAAUCAAUCUCAAACAAUUUUUAUUGUUGCAACUUCAUCUUUAUUUUAUAGUAACUCUCAUACCCUACCCUAGUCGAGUCGAGCCGAACUUCAUAAAGAC